CUGGAUUUAGAUUCCUGAAACCACCACCCCCUCUCUUCCUGCAGCUGGAUGUGGCCUGUCAGACCAGAAGAAGAGAAGUAGAGCCACCUCCACCACCACUGCUGAGGAUCUGAGCGGAGCUACAGUCAUCACAGUUCUGUUCUUCUAUCUGGGUGCGGUCGAAGAUAAAAGAUGGUGGCAAACAACAUGAACAUGAACUCUAACCCCUCUGGGGCUCCAGCAGCUGUGCGACGGUGGAGGCCCUUCAACAGCAUCAAGGUCUUUGUGUUCUGCCACAGUUUGCUGCAGCUGGCUCAGCUUUUAGUAUCAGGCUACAUGAAGAGCUCCAUCUCCACCAUCGAGAGGCGCUACGGCCUCUCCAGCCAGAAGUCAGGGAUCCUGGCUGCCUUCAACGAGGUGGGGAACACUGUUCUCAUCAUUUUUGUGAGUUUCUUUGGGAGUCGUGUCCACCGGCCGCGGUACAUUGGGGGUGGAGCUCUGCUGGCAUGUUUAGCCUCGCUGCUUAUGGCGAUGCCCCACUUCCUGAGCGGAAAGUACACCUACACAGACCAGAUCAGCUUUUCCAGUGAUAACAGCUCAGGUCUCUGCAUCGUCUCCUCCUCCUCCUCCUCUAACCAGACAUGUCAGGAGCAUGGAAACUCCACCCAGGAGGUGGUCUACCCUCUGCUGCUUCUGGGUCAGCUGCUGCUGGGCAUCGGAGCCGUUCCCAUCCAGCCCUUCGGCAUCUCCUACAUUGACGACUAUGCCAGUAGGACGAACUCUCCACUCUACCUUGGCAUCCUCCUCGCCAUGACCUCCAUCGGCCCGGCUUUUGGCUUUCUCACUGGUUCCUUCAUGCUGCGCUUCUAUGUUGACUUUGACAAACUGUCCAAAGAUGAAAUUGAGCUGGAUCACAAAGACCUUCGCUGGGUCGGGGCCUGGUGGCUGGGCUUCCUGGUGGCCUCCAGCCUCCUCUUCCUCACUGCGCUGCCAUACCUGUUCUUUCCCAGAGAGAUGCCCAAAGAGAACGAAGCGGACGACGUGGAGUCCAGAUCGGACUGCAAACCUCAGCAGCAGCAGGACCCAAUAAGGGAGCUCUCCCUCGUUCAGUUCCUUAAAAGUUUCCCCCGUAUCGCUCUGCGGACGCUGCGCAGCCCCAUCUACCUGCUGGUGGUCCUGGGACAGGUCAAUCUGGCGGCACUGCUGUCUGGCCUCGCCACCUUUAUGGCCAAGUUCAUCGAGAAACAGUUCAGCCAGACCAUCUCCUUCUCCAACAUGAUGAUAGGAGGAGUCGGGAUCCCGCUGGCGGUGCUGGGAAUCGUCCUGGGUGGAGCUCUGAUGCGCAGGUUUAACGUGUCGGUCAGCGGUGCCAGCAAGCUGUGUUCAGGAGUCAUUUUGCUCUGCAUGUUCUCCGCCCUGCCGAUGCUCUUCAUGGGCUGCUCUACUAAGACAGUCGCCGGGAUCUAUCCUGAGAGGUCCAGUUUCCUGUCCUGCAGCUCAGACUGUCCCUGUCCUGCGGAUGCGUUCAAUCCCAUCUGCGGUUCAAAUGGUGUGGAGUUCAGGUCUCCCUGUCAUGCUGGCUGUUUGUCCAGACAAACGGACGGGAACAAUAAAAUCACGAACUUCACCGACUGUCGGUGCAUCAAUAAUGGUUCUGGAACUGCCCGUCCCGGGACCUGCGGCAGCGGAUGUUCUCACCUCCUGCUGCCCUUCAUGGCCCUGCUGGCUCUCACCAGCUUCAUCACCUCCUUCUCCCAGACGCCGUCCUACAUGAUGAUCCUCAGGACCGUACCAGCUGAAGAUAAGUCCUUUGCAGUGGGGGUUCAGUACAUGCUGUUCAGAGUCCUUGCGUUCAUGCCCGGCCCGGUUCUGUAUGGCAGCGUCAUCGACACCACCUGCAUCAUGUGGGGUGAGAAGUGCGGCCAGAAGACCUCCUGUCAAUACUAUGACCUGGACAGCUUCAGACAUAGGUUUCUGGGUCUGAUGGUGGUCUUUGUCUGUGGAGCGCUGCUCUGCUUCUUGCUGACCAUGGUGGUCCUGAGGAGAGGAGCUGGAAGUUAUGAACUGCCACCAGGAAGCAAAGGAGGCUAUGAGCUGGUGGGAGAGCGGAAAGCUCCAGAAAAAGAGCAGAACCAAGUGAAGACCUGAGGAGACACCUGGAGCACACAGGAGAACAACAAGGAAGUGGAAUGUUAGGAUGUUCCUGAUGGAACCUGGAAGCUGCUCGGUGAUUCUCCUGGUGUUGGUAUACAGAUCCAGUCUGCCUGUUUCUAAAUGUGCUUUCAGAACUCAACAUCUUCUGCUAACAUUUCCUGUGAAUUUUUGUGCAUACAAUGUUUUUUACAAAUGUGACAACAGAGAACACUGCAGAGCUUUUUACUUCAGACCAUCUUGCAGAGACCUCAGUUUGUUCUGCAACCUGAUGGAGAACACAAACAAACAGAAAGCCGAUCUUUAUAUGGAUUUUAAGGAUCUUUUCUUACAGAAUUAUAACACAGUUUCCAUAGUGAACAAAGAAGCAUCACAGCAGAAGAUAAGCUCCAAAGAACAAGACUUACAGCAGUUCAGACCUGAACCCAGGUCAUCCUGCAGAGAAAUCUUCAACUCUGCCUGAGAAGGUGCUCCAGUUCUUCCCUCAGUCCUUAAGUUCGACUGUAGGAAUAAACUUUUCCAGCCAAACCUGCAGCUGCUAACCUGAGAACAGAGAAACUGAAAUCAUGUCGAGUCACAGAUUUCCUCCUUCAAAACACUGAACUUUUUCCUCUUUUUUAAUAUGACGGAGAGGCUGCUGGGAUUAGGAGGCUGCACUUCUGCUUCCCUCCACUAGAUGCUGGUCAACGAAAGAGCUUUAAAUGAAGGGUGGGGGGUCGUACCGGCUGACUGACGUCUACCUGACGCAAACAGAAGAAGAACAAUCUGUGAAUUAUUCAUCUUCCACAGAAUCAGAGCAAACUUUCCUGCUUUCCUGCUGCAGCUUCACGUUUUCAGGCGCUGAAGCAAAGUUUGAGGCUCAACUGUACUAUUUUUAUACAUGUAUGAAUGUAUUUUUUUACUCAUGUCUUCUGAUACAAACCUCUGGACUUCAGAGCUGAAACUGCAGAAAUUAAAGGAAACAUCUUUAAAAAUA